UUCAAGAACCUACUGUAUAUGCAUGUUUCACAUUUUGCAUAUCACAUGACAUGAUGGAAACGUAAAAUGGAUGAUUAGAAGGUGUACCAUACCAACUCUGUGUGCUUUUGAAUUUGAAAGUACUUGGAAUGUCCGCAUGAUUUGAUCAUCAUCAAGUGAUGAUUACAUCACAUUCAAGUUCAUUUGUCAUUAAUGGGGCAGGGGAUUAUGUGAAGCAUUGUUUUUUCCAAGAUUUACUAUUGAUUAAAGUAACUUUUUCCUGUAAGAAAUGGCUGGAAGCUUCUGUUCUCGCGGUUUGCCACUUGAAGGAAUGGUGAUUCUGUUGGGAAUAAUUAUUUUUGGUUUUGGGAUCGGGGAGUGUAACUUGAUGCCGGGAAAGAAGAUUUUGGAAGUCAGAGAGAAGAUAAAACACCUCAAAAGCAACACAGUAAGCAGACUUCAGAGAGGAGAUGGUGAUAUUAUAGAUUGCAUCGACAUCUACAAGCAGCCUGCUUUUGAUCAUCCUGCUUUAAGGAAUCACACCAUCCAGAUGGCACCCAGUUACGAUCCAAAUAUAGAGGAAACAACAACAAAAGCAAAUAGAUUGCAGAAUCAAGACUCUUCAAUGAAUUUAGCAUCACGACUAUGGCAGAAAAGUGGAAGCUGUCCUAAGGGAACAAUUCCAGUCCGAAGAUUACCGCAAAAAGUACCGCUUAAAACAAAUUCACUUGAAGACUAUGGAAGGAAGAAGCCUUGUUCUUCUCCUCCGCUUACUCGUAUCAAUAAAGACAUCAGCUCAAACCUUCAGCAGAGUAAUCGCUCGGUGGCUAUACUGCUCACAGAAGGGUAUAGUUAUUCAGGGGUUAAGGGAGACAUAAAAGUUUGGAAUCCUCAUGUUGAAUCUGAUGAUGAAUACAGUACUUCUCAAGUUAGUCUGAAAAGUGGUCCUUACUAUGAUUUUGAGAGUGUCGAAGCUGGAUGGGCGGUAAAUCCAAGUGUUUAUGGAGACAGAAAAACUCGAUUAUUUGUGUAUUGGACUGCUGAUGCAUCAAAGAAAACAGGUUGCUUUGAUCUUACAUGUCCUGGUUUCGUUCAAACUAGCAGUGAAAUUGCUCUUGGUGCAGCGAUAUAUCCUCUUUCAGUCCCUUCUGGUCUCCCAUAUCAAAUAACCCUUUUCAUAUUUAAGGACCCAAACACAGGCAACUGGUGGGUGCAGUAUGGAGAGAAAAUUAAUCUGGGUUACUGGCCACCUGACUUGUUUGCUUGGUUGCGUGGUAAUGCAGAAACAGCUGAGUGGGGAGGGGAAGUGUACAGCUCAAAACUGGAGCAUCCUCCCCAUACUAAGACAGCUAUGGGUAAUGGACAAUUUCCUGAUUAUGUAUCAGGCAAUUCCGGUUGUAUCAAGAGAAUGCGAAUUCGUGAAAAUUCUCUAGUCUUGAAGUUCCCAGAGUGGGUCUCAACUUUCUUACACGAGUACAGGUGCUAUGAUGCUGAGUAUAUUGGUGAUUACAUAGAAGAUCCUGAGUUCUAUUACGGAGGGCCUGGUCAGAAUCCCCUGUGCCCUUGAUCAUAACUUUUAAUGUCUGCUAGGAUGCAGGUCAUUUCAAGAUAGAUUUUACUGUACUCAAGCUAUAUUUAAUGGCAUCCUAUAAAUUAUAGCUUGUCACGUUAUCUUCUAGUUUUAAUAUGGAUGAUCAUAAAAAACCACGCUGUAACUUGAGCACCAUGCAAUUUCUUUAUUUGGACCUGCCUAGUUGCUUCAAUUAAGAUUGUAAUGUAAAAGGUGGCAACAACAAAUAUCUUAUCAAUUCCCAAGUGCGCUGAAUUGAUGAAGCUUGACUUAUUUCAGAUUC